CUAUCACGCCCAUUGUUGCAGACCGGAAAAACAUAAUUUGGAAUUGUAGUGAGAGCUCUUUCUGAAACACACGAUCUGUUUCUUGUCCUAAGUCGCAGCCCGUCUACUGUGUGUGUGAAGGACGUCGUUGGUGUUAACGUUUAACCGGAGAAGUCGGGCUGUAAAUCCAUCCUCUUCAUCCUGAGGCGACAGCAUCCUCACCGUUGGACGGGGCUCUGCUCUCUGUGUAAGGUUGGAAAAGCUGAAGGAAUGUGGAAAUACCAGUGAGAGAUGAAGAGGAGUAGGAACUGAUCACGCAAGAGAGACAUCCACCCACUGACUCAUUAAGUCUGCAUGGAGGAAGAGGAGGCUGGUGCUGGUGAGGAUGCCGGCUCACAGCUCAUGUGCAGGAUCGAGCGUCCGGUCUACGAUGAAGCUUUCCUCAGGACACAGCUUCUCCACCGAAGAGAGAACACCACCACCUUUAGACAGAGACUAGCAGAAAAGUUCCAGUGUACAUCCAGCAAGGCCAAGGCAGUUGCUCUGACUUUUCUGCCCUUUCUGACAUGGCUUCCUACCUAUCCAGUCAAGAAAUACUUGUUAUCAGAUGUGGUUUCAGGCCUGAGCACAUCUGUGGUUCAGCUCCCACAAGGACUAGCAUACGCUAUGCUGGCUGCUGUGCCUCCAGUUUAUGGCCUGUAUUCCUCGUUCUACCCUGUUGUGCUGUACGCCUUCUUCGGCACGUCCAGACACGUUUCAGUAGGCACUUUUGCGGUCAUAAGUUUGAUGAUUGGGGGCGUUGCCGUGAGGGAAGCCCCCGACCACAUGUUUCCGGUCUUCUCUGGCAACGCCACAAACAAUUCCUCUGUGUUUGAUAAAGAAGCUUGUGAGAACAGGAGGGUGCAGGUGGCUGUGGUGCUCACCACCCUGGUGGGAAUCAUCCAGUUCGUCUUCGGCCUUCUCAGGUUUGGUUUUGUGGCGAUCUAUCUCACAGAGCCUCUGGUGCGAGGCUUCACCACAGCGGCAGCUGUGCACGUUGUUGUCUCCCAGCUGAAGUAUCUGCUUGGAGUGAAAACAAAGCGCUUCUCUGGACCGUUUUCUGUCCCUUAUAGUGUGGGCGCAGUAUUUCAAGAAAUCACAGGGACUAACAUUCCCAGUCUCCUUCUGGGCCUUGUGUGCAUCGUGUUCCUGUACGUGGUCAAAGUUCUUAAUGAGCGCUACAAGAAAAAGCUACCUGUUCCCCUUCCUGGAGAGAUUAUUGUUGUCAUUGUCUCAACUGGAGUCUCAUAUGGCAUGUCCUUAAACAAAAACUACCAGGUGGACGUGGUGAAUACCAUACCUACCGGGCUUCGCCCCCCUGCCAUCCCAGACUUCUCUCUGUUACCUAACAUGAUUCCAGACGCCUUUGCUGUGGCAAUUGUAGGAUUUUCCAUGGACAUCUCACUCGCCAAGACAUUUGCCCUGAAGCAUGGGUACAGCGUGGAUGGAAACCAGGAGCUGAUCGCCCUCGGCCUCUCCAACGUCUUUGGCUCCUUCUUUCAAACCUUUGCCAUAACGUCCUCCAUGUCGAGGAGCCUGGUGCAGGAAAGUACAGGAGGGAAAACUCAGAUCGCGGGGCUGGUGGCGUCUCUCAUAGUGCUGCUGGUGAUUGUGGCCAUUGGCUUUGUCUUUGAGCCGCUCCCUCAGACUGUGCUGGCAGCCAUCAUCAUGGUCAACCUGCUGGGGAUGUUCAGGCAGUUCAGAGACAUCCCCGUGUUGUGGAGAACCAGUAAGAUCGAACUGGUCAUUUGGUUGGCGACGUUUGUGGCUUCUGUGCUGUUGGGUCUGGAUAACGGUCUGCUGGCAGCCAUUGCCUUGGCUCUGCUCACAGUCAUCUACAGGACGCAGAGCCCCAAAACUUCCAUUCUGGGCCAUGUUCCCAACACUGGCCUGUAUUAUGACGUGGAUGAAUAUGAAGAAGCAUCUGAAUAUGAGGGGAUCAAGAUUUUCUCUUCCAACUUCUCCAUCUACUUUGCAAACAGUGACCUAUAUGUGAACACCCUGAAGGAGAAGACCGGGGUCAACCCUGAGAAGUUAAAGGCAGCCCAGAAGGCCAGAGAAAAGCAAAAGAAGAAGAGUAAAGAGAGCUCUCCACUCACAGUUGCUGCUACGUACAAGGAUGAGGCUGUGAUCCAUGAGGUUCUGCCUCAGAGCAGCCAGGUGGAGGAGGGUGUCAAUGGCCAUCUGGAAGACGAGCACAGCGAGACAACUUCGGAGGUGGUGGUCUUCCUGGAGCCGCUCAGCGCCGUCCACUCCAUCAUCCUGGACUGGACCACCAACAGCUUCAUAGACUCUGUGGGGGCUAAAGCCAUCAAACAGGUCAUUAGGGAGUAUGCAGCUGUGGACGUUCGGGUGGUCAUUGCCAGCUGUAACAGGAGCACGCUGGCUGACCUGGACAUGCUGCAGUUCUUCUCAGAGGAUCUGACCCCUCACCUGUUCUUCCCCACCAUCCAUGAUGCUGUUCUGCACUGCCAGCACUCAAGGUCCAGCACAGAUGGUGCUGCAAAGAAACUCACUUAAGAGCAGACUCCCCCAUCACCACCUCAGUCACCUCAACCAGGACAGUGAUUGGGCUCGCUGACAGCAGAAAAACUCAACUGUGUUCAUAUUGAACAGCGAGCAUCAGUAGCCCAUUAAAGAUUAUGCUUCUUCCAAAGUCAGCAGCCUUAUCAGACUGGAAAUAUGGGGACCAGCAUGCUGAAAGAGGAAUCUGAAGACUUGGAAAUGCAUCUGAAGCUCCAGGUUCUCACUGCCCUGCAGAAACUUCAAGCUGCUUUUGAAAGAGCCAUUCCUGGAAGAAAUGUAUCUGCUCAUUGCUAUGGUCAAUUAUGUCUUCAUCUAGGUUCUAUGCAGUGGUGUUCUGAGGCUGGACAAUUAAAACAGCUCUGUUUGUAAUCUUGGUUACAUGAAGUGAAACUUUAUUUUUGUCAAAACAUUUGUCUGAAAAACUAAUUUUAGUUUUGUUAAAAAUGCUGCUGGAGAACACAAGAUGCCUUUUGAGAAAAUGUUAUUCAGGAACUCAGAUCUAAAUGUGGAAUAAACUUUAUUUUUCGGUGA